AUGCUGCCGCGUCUUUCUCUGUCUCACAGGCGAACCGUCAGCAAAACCGUUGGUCCCAUCUGUCCAUUUUCUGGAAGCUGUGAGGUCAGCAAAACCCAGAGACGCCACUGUCCAGCCUGCAGGUUGCAGAAGUGUCUAAACGCUGGCAUGAGGAAAGACAUGAUACUGUCAGCAGAAGCCCUGGCAUUGCGGCGAGCCAGGCAGGCACAGCGGCGGGCACAAAAAGCUUCCCUGCAGCUGAGUCAGGAGCGGAAAGAGCUGGUCCAGACCCUCGUAGGGGCCCACAUUCGCCACGUGGGCCCCAUGUUUGACCAGUUUGUGAAGUUCAGGCCUCCGGCUUACCUGUUCACCAAUCACCGGCCCUCCUUCUUGCUGGUCCCUGCAUUGCCUCUGCUCACACACUUUGCAGAUAUCACCACUUUCAUGGUGCAGCAGAUUAUCAAGUUCACCAAGGAACUUCCCCUUUUCCGGUCCCUUCCCAUGGAGGACCAGAUCUCCCUUCUCAAGGGAGCAGCUGUGGAAAUAUUGCAUAUCUCACUCAACACUACUUUCUGUCUUCAAACACAGAAUUUCUUCUGUGGGCCACUUUGCUACAAAUUUGAAGAUGCAGCCCACGUAGGGUUCCAGUACGAAUAUUUGGAGUUGAUCUUUCGCUUCCAUUGGACAUUGAAACGACUGCAGCUCCAACAGCCUGAGUACGUGCUCAUGGCUGCCAUGGCCCUCUUCUCUCCUGACAGGCCUGGAGUCACCCAGAGAGAAGAGAUUGACCAGCUGCAAGAGGAGAUGGCACUGAUUUUGAACAACUACAUUAUGGAACAGCAGCCAAGGCCCCAAAGUCGGUUUCUGUAUGCAAAGCUGAUGGGCCUGCUGGCUGAGCUCCGGAGCAUAAACAAUGCAUACUCAUACGAAGUACAGCGCAUCCAGGGACUGUCCGCUAUGAUGCCACUGCUGGGGGAAAUCUGCAGCUGA